GCUCGAUCCCUCUCACAUCACACCGCUCUGCUCAGCACAGAGCUCCGCCCAGCUGAGAUCCGAACACUCCCUCAUCCUCCAUUACAAAGAUGGAGAACAACCUGGAGAACUUCGACUUGUACGGUUUCGACUCGUCGUUCGACCCGAACCGCCCGACGCUCAACUUCAACCUCCAGCACCAGACCUGGCCGCUCCCCCUCUCGCCCGCUGCCAUGCAACAGCAACACGAUGGACGCCAGCAGCAGGCCCAGCAGCAGGCCCGACAGCAGCAGCAGCAGCAGCAGCAGCAGCAGCGACGCAUGAACACGGUUGCUGCGACGAGCGCCGCCAGCAGCAAUGCUCUCCCGACCACGUCCAGCGCAAUCGCUCCCCUCCAGACGACCAACCUGGGCUUCCCGACCGCGAUGCAGACCACGAACCCGAUGCUGGCUGACUGGAUCAACCUCAGCUCGACCACAAACUACGCUCAGCCGGCUUACGCCUCGGAGGCGAUGACGAUGAAUCCGUCAGACUUCGGCGGCACCUUCGGCGGCCAGCUCCAGACGUCGCCGGUGGACUUUGGCAUCAACACGUCGCAGGCCGCCCUCAUGACCUCCAUGUCCAUGAACGCCCCGUUCAACAUGAUGACGACGGCUGCUACCAUGGACAUGACGCAGAUGACGGCAGCACCCUUCCAGAUGACCGACUUCCAGCAAGAGCUGUCAAACUUCUCCAAUACGCAGGACCAGCUGACCGCCCCGAGCGCUACCUCGGCUAGCGUUGGCACAGGCUCACCGACUGAGCAAUGGCUCGAGGUGCAAUCUCUCACGGGCAGCAGCGACAAUGGUUGGAGCACUAUCCACAUCGGUCACCGCAAUUCUUACGACUUUACCAACGACACCUCCGCCAACAUCAUCUUCAACCCAGCACAAUCCCUCCACAUCCGCACAAACUCGGACUCUUCGCAGCAGUCUGACGCGCCGCGAUCUGCCGGAUCAUUCAGCAGCUACGAGGAGGUUCAGUUCCCGAUGAACUCGCCGCAGUCCGAAGUUGAGAACAACCUGGAGUUGGCGCACUCGCACGCCCACUCGUCAAACUGCCAGCACGGCCUUCCAAUGGAUAACCAGGACUUCAACAACUACAUCUCACCCAACCAGUCCGUCAGUCCGCCCAUGGCCCGCGCUGAGCCCAUCGACAUCAAGCAGUCGACCUCCAGCUCCUCAUCCCCCACCUCAUCCGCCGUCAGCUCACCGCCAUCUCGCCGGAGAAAGUCCCCGGUCGGUGCCAAGCCCGCUAAGACCAUCGUCAAGAAGACUCCGGCCCACUCUACCAAGAAGGAUCAACAGGGUGAGAAGCGCGUCGGCAGGCGGCGUGGUCCUCUAAGGCCCGAUCAGCGACAGCAAGCUCACGAGAUCCGAAAACUGCGUGCUUGCUUAAGGUGUAAGUUCUUGAAGAAGACUUGCGACAAGGGUGAUCCGUGCGGCGGCUGCCAGCCAUCCCACGCUCGUCUGUGGCAGGUCCCGUGCACGCGCAUCGACAUCAAGGACAUCGCCUACUUCAUGAAGGACUGGAAGGCCGACUAUGAGCGCCACGUCAGCCUCGGAUUCUCCAUCGGCAACAUCAAGGGCUUCUCGGCUCAGGAGCGUCCCAUCUACAUCACCCACGGAUACGGUCACUACCUUCCCAUCAUGGCCCGCGAGGUCUACGUCCGCGACGAGAAGUGCUUCGGCGUUGACUGGUUCGAGACGCUGAAUGGCCUCCACUUCGAGAUCAACACUGCCAAGCUCUCUGCUGGCAUGGAGGGUAUUUCACGCUCAAUGCUGUCGGACUACCUGGAUCGCCACAUCGAUGGUGGCUUCGAGCAGUUCGUCGAUGAGUACUUUGAGGGCACCUACUUCGUCACCGAGAUCCUCAAGACCGCCUACCGUUUCUACUGCCGGGAAAAGCUCCCGGUUAUCCGAAAGGCGUUGAAGCUCAUGAUCGCCUACAAUCUGACGCUCCACGUCACCAUGGUUGAGGGUCUCGGCGAGGAGGAGAACAUCAUCGGCAAGGUCGAGGACCAGCAGUCCAAGUUCAGCGGCAAGACCAUUGCUCCCGUCAUGAUCAACUUCCAGGUCAAGUGCGCUCUUGCCGACAUGUGGCGCGAGCUCCAGAAGGACGUGCUUGAGGAGCUCUCAGCUCUGUACUCGUCCGUAUACAGCGGCGACAAGCUGAAGAACUGGCCGACCAUCUUCAUGCUUGCUGCUAUCCUGCUCGCCGUCUGGGAGCUCAUCCAGUUCGACGGCAACUACCGGGUACCGGAUCAGGCCGCCGUGCAGAAGUUCUGCAACGACAUGGAGUCGACGCCCGUGGGUGUCAUCGUUGGCCUCUUUUCCGCCAUCUCCCAGAAGCUUCCCGCGUUUACCGAGUGGGAUACCCGGAAACACCACCACCUGCUGAACUCCAACCCGGCGGUGUGCGAUGCCAUGACCGAAGUCCGUGCUCACGUAACCAAAUAUGAAACCUACCUGCGGUCAAGGAGCGAGUGCAAGUUCGACCGAUCCGACUUCGACUCGUUGUCGAACAAGUUCCUCUCCAAGCUCGUCAUCCGAGCUAACUGAGGAGCUCUACCCAACGGCCUUUCCUCUAGACAUCUUUACCUUCCAUUGACACUAGGCUGCACACAUCAUUACUUUCCUCCCAUUUUACACAAGCCUCAUCACUUGCCGCCUGACAUCCGACCCGACAGCCUAUCGUCUAAUGGUUUCACGGUUAAAGAAGUUUGCUGCUAUGCAAACUACGAUCGCUUCACGGCUGACGACCCUACCAAAAGCAUGAUGACGACUGCACUUGUUUGAUAUUACCAUUUGCCUUGAUUCCCCGGCGUCCUGGACACGCCAUGUUCAUGACCUCGAUCUGGUUCCCCAACCAUCCAACUACAUCACGCUC